AUGUCUAUUCCUUCUCCCAAUAUGUCGCCUUAUAUUCCUAGGAAGGGAUCUGUCACUUCCAUCGUGGGACCACCAAUUUCGCUAGCUUCUUCUCCAUCCACGUCAUCUCUCAUUAAUGAUGCUAUUAAAAAUUCUCCUGCAAAUAUAACAAGUACAUCCAACACUCUGGCUCCCUCCUCAACACCUCCAGCAGUGGCGAGUACUUCUGUGGCACUUCCCCCCAUUAGUUCUGUUAGAUCUACUGCAUAUGGUACAUUGUGGACUCCUCCUCGACGAACUAGUAUUGGAGGUAUGAGCAGUACGGCAGCUGGUAUGGUGAAUACCAAAAAUACAAUCGGUACUAAGAGUUUUUUUGAUUCACCCAGAAACAGUUUUUCUAAAUCCUAUUCAGCAUCUGCUCUACGCAUAUCUCGAACGACUCUUGAUGACAGUGGUGAUGAAGGUAAUAGUGGAGCUAUAGCCUCGUCCGAGUCAGAUACUGAUGACGAUAAUAUUCAGGUCACCAGUAAUGGUAUGAAUGAGAUUCAGCGGAAUCAUUCCAAAGCAAAGGUUUCGUUCGCAUUCCAUCCUACAAGCUACGAGGGAAGAGGAGCUACCAAUGGUAGGGUUCAAUAUCAAUUCUUAGAUUCUGAUCCUGGUUCUCCUAAGAGUUCAAGUGUCAUUACAACAUCAGUGGGUCAAGGAUUGCCUCCAAACAACCUUCAGAAUAAUGAUUCGUCUGGGAAGCAGCAGCCUGCGAUAUUUUUCAAAAAAUCUAGUUCAAAGCGAAGUAUCGUGCCGAAGUUCAAAGCAUUCAGAAGAAUUGCAGAUGAACUCCGUGUAGAAAUGUUUCCAUUGGAUGAGGAAUUGGCUCAUGAAUCGAUGAUUACCACUGCACUGAAAGAUGAGGAGGAGGUUCUCUCUGGUAAGAAAUUGGCUACAUCUUUGCUAACGGCACGUAAUGAUCCCGUAUCCAUACAACAUGAUAAUCUAAAAAGGUACGAGGUUAUCAGUAAAGCCAACGAGGCUUGGAAUAAACACCGGGCAGUAUCACCUUCUCCUUCAGUCUCUACUACUCAAAGUCAUACGAGUACUGGUCAGGAUAAGACCAUAGAGAUUUCCAAGAAGAGGAAAAAUUCAUUGGACGAUAGCGAUGCUUCUACGUACGGAGGUUCAGAUACAGAGACUCGGUCCUCAAAUAAACGAAGACUGGUUUCGCUUGGGAAUUCUCCUAUAUUAGGUGCCGCCAGUAUGUUCUUAUUGCCAACUGCUGCUACUCAUAACAGUCACAGCUCUGCUAAGUUGAUCCAGAGCGCUUCAGAUGACUUGGAAAUGAUGUCUAUGCGUUGA